AUGAAUCUGUCGCUGGUUGAUCCCUUUGUCCUCGCGCAGGACUGUCCCGAUGUCAUCACCGGCCGCCUACGCAGCGGCCACUCGACCUCUAUACGCUUUAGCCAUCGCGGCGACCUGCUUGCAUCGGGACGGCACGAUGGCAUUGUAGUCAUCUUCGACAUUGAGACCAACGGAGUCGCGCGCAAGCUGCGAGGCCACACGCGUCAAGUGCAGUCGCUCAGCUGGUCGACCAACGACCGCUACCUUCUCAGCGCGGGCCAGGACUGGAAGUGCGUGCUUUGGGACUUGAAGGAUGGGUCGCGGGUGCGCACCGUCCGCUUCGAGGCGGCCAUCUUCAUUGCAGAGCUGCACCCGAAGAACCAUAUGCUCUUUGUCGCUGCGCUCUUCGAAGACCAGCCCGUGAUUGUGGACAUGUCUGGGGAAAUCCCUGUCAAGCACUCUCUAUCGUCGGCGCCGCACCGAACCGACAUUGAACGCGAGAACGCCACAGAAAAGCAAACAGCACAGGAUGCGAAGCAGACGACGACAAUGACGCUCUUCACACCGACGGGCGACCACAUCAUAGCAGGCACAAACAAAGGGUGGCUCAACAUUAUUGAUGCCAAGACGCAUGAAAUGCGGUAUUCAUUCAGAGUUACCAACAACAUUAUUGUAUACAUUCGCUUGACGCCCUCGGGCCGAGAUGUGGUGCUCAAUUCGAGCGACCGCAUUGUCCGAACACUGCAUCUGCCCGACCUGAGCGAUCCCAAGUUGGACUUUGACACUCUCCAGCUGGAAGUCGAGCACAAGUUCCAGGACUUGGUGCAAAGGCUCUCGUGGAAUCACGUCUCUUUCAGCCCGACAGGCGAGUAUGUUACCGCGUCAACGUGGAUGAACCAUCACAUCUAUGUGUGGGAACGUGGACAGGGCAGUUUGGUCAAGAUUCUUGAAGGCACCAAAGAAGAGCUGUCCGUGGUCGAGUGGCAUCCAUUCAGGCCGUUUGUGGCCGCCGUCGGGGUAGACUCUGGGCGUGUGUGGUUGUGGUCCAUUCUGCAGCCCCAGCGAUGGUCGGCGCUCGCACCCGACUUUCUCGAAGUUGAAGAAAACGUCGAGUACAUUGAACGCGAGGACGAAUUUGACAUCCAGCCGCUCGAGGAGCUACACAAGCGGCGCCUGAACCAAGAAGACGAGGAAGUGGAUGUUCUUACCGUGGACCCUGUCAAGAGCGGGGGUAACGAAUUCGGGCCGGCUACGGGAGAUGCCGAGUUCAGCAUGCCGAUUCUCCUGGACAUUGAGGCGAGCGAUAGUGAAGAUGAAGUGGUGGCAGUUGGUGCUGGUCAGUUCCGACGCCGCACUCCCGGGGCCGCUCGGGAGUGGAUGAAUGAAGACGAAGUGGCGGUCAGCGGUGAUGAAGCACGCAGAGCUAACGGGAAUGCAGUGCACAACGGGAAUAAGAGACGACGGGCAGGUUGA